AUGGACGAAUAUUCUUCCACUCUGAGGCACAUCACUUGCGAGCAUAGUUUCCACGUUCCUGCACUGACCUCUAACCUCUUGAACAGUCAAUGGGACACUCAGGUGAUCUUCAAUGUGUUCUUUCUCUUUCAUGUCCAAACCUCCACAAGCAACGCUCCAGAUGCACAGAAAACUGCUGCGCCUCCUCAGAGAAAUGAAGCUCAGAGAGAGCAAACCAAACCAGACCGAGGCUCCUCUUCUGGGUCCGAUGCCCGGUGCAGUGUGGCUCUGGGGCCGGUUUCUGAGGGCACCUCCAGAGACCUGCUGUGUGUCCUGGUGGAGAACGUGUGUAAAUUGGAGGAGGAACAAUACGACCUGGAGCUGAUAUGGGAGAGUAGCGUCGCCGUGGUAACCUUCAAGAAUCACACAGAUACAGAGAAGUUCAUGACCUUGAGCCAGAGCAACAGUAGACUCCAUAAACAAGGCCUGACCGCGACUCUUCUGGACCCAGCGACAAAGGUCCGAGUUGAGAACCUGCCGCCCAAUGUGGUCAGAGACAUGUUGGAUCUGUAUUUUGAGAAAAACUGGGUGGCACCAGACAACAUCAUGAUGGUCCCACAGGAGCAGGCUGCAGUCCUCUCCUUCUCCGACCCAACAGUGGUGAAGGACAUCUGCUCUCGAUCUGACCGCACCAUCAAAUCCACUCAGAUCAAAGUUUAUCCAUAUUACUCGUCUCUGGGUGCAGCUCUAAUGGGCGCCGAUCGACCUGAGUUCAAAAUGCCUAAACCGUUCACUGAAAAUGUGCUUGACCCGAUCUGGAGGUUCCUUUGCAACAAAGAUCUCUCCAAGUCCAUCAACCAAAACAUGAGUUUGCACUUCUGCCACGUCAACAUGGACACGCCCCAGGUCAAACUGAGCCCAUUACCCAACUUUCUACGGCAAAACAAUCUCACUAAAGAUCAAGUAGAAAAGUGGAACACCGUUGCACUAAAGGCGUUUCGGGAGCAAAUGAACGAAUAUGGUGCAUUUGAUUGUCCUGUGAACAAUGCUGCGUGGGGAUUAGUUGAAAAAGAAGUGCGUACGAUUGUGAAAGAUGAAGCAGAGCUGUUUUUCGAUAAUCCAAAAGGAGUUCUCACUGUUGCCACAAGCUUCAAAACCUUAAAACAGAUAAGGGCAGAAGUGGAAGCAACAGUUCGCAAAGCAGUCAAUCAAAUCGACAGAGAAAUGAACGGAGUGGAGGAGAAAAUGAUACUGACUCCAGCCAUGUACUACAUUUUAAACGAAAGUGGCCUUCAGAAUGCAGCGCGAGACAUCUCUCCUGACAUCCUCAUGGGCUUUGACAAAGGAGUUCUGAGUAUAUCAGGAUUGCAAAGUGAGGUUCUCAGGUUAAAAACUUGGAUUCUUAAAAAAAACAUGGCACUAGAGAAGAAACCACUGGAAAUACCAACCCCUCUUAAGGAUUUUCUCCAGAAUGUUGAUGUAAAGGAGUUGUCCCAAGAUCUGUUCACAUCACAGGGCAUCUGCGCGUUCAUCAGCUUCGAAACCAAAGGGAUUUUUCUCAUUGGAAGUUCAGAGCGGUUUAUCAGUGACGCAGAGAAGAAACUGCAAUCUGUUUUGACCAUUCAGGCUUUACACUAUAAAGACAAAGAAGUUGUGAAGCUUAAAAAGUGGUCUGAUCUGAUGGCGAACUUGCUAGAUUUGUACAACACCUCCAGUAAAACUGUGCAGGUCGAAAUUCAACACCCGAAAAUUACAAUCGCAGGUUUUUCGAAUCCGGUGAAAGAAGUGGCUCAAAGUUUAAGCGACUUUAUCAACAAUUAUUCCUGGGUUCAGGAGAGGGUCAAGGUCGAAUCCUGCGCUGUGGUUCAGUUCAUUGAAAAGAAAAAGAUGGAAGAAUGGACUGUAAUUGCCAAAGACAACCAGGUCAGCACAGAGUUUGACCCUGUUCAGCCCAAAUUCACUAUUUCUGGACCACGGCUAUAUGUCCAAAAUGCCAAAUUGCUCUUCCUCAGUGUUACACGCUCGCUCAUCACCGACACGUUUAAGGUGCAAAAACCAGGGGCCAAAAAGUUCUUUAUGAACCAAGGAGGACUUUUUCUGUCUACCUUUAUGAAUGAAUUUGGAUGCGCCGUAAUUCUGCAUCCUGAACUUCCUAAUGAUGAUGAUGAAUUUGAAGAAGCAUUAGACGUUCAAGACGGCGGUUGCGUUGUGAGAGUUAAAACCAAGAGCGGAGUGGAGGUUUCGGUGAGGAAAGCGAACAUGUGCAAACUCAAUGUAGACGCAGUCAUGAACGCGGCUAAUGAGGACCUGAAGCACAUCGGCGGGUUAGCAUUAGCCCUCCUGAACACAGCGGGACACGAGAUGCAACAAGACUGUGACGAUUUCAUCAAGCAAAAGGGAAAGGUUCCUCCGGGCCAGACGUUUGUCACCAAAUCAUACCGACUUCCGUGCAAACAUGUGAUCCAUGCCGUCGGGCCGAAGUACACCGAAAAUGGAGCUAAACUUUCACAUCUUCUCCUUAAGCUCGUUGUUACAAACAGCCUAACAGAAGCAGAGAAGCUGCAGUGUGCGAGUGUAGCGAUGCCGGCUGUAAGUUCAGGGAUUUUUGGUUUCCCGGUGGAUCUGUGCACAGAGACCAUCGCUCAAGCCGUCAGAGAAUUCUGCGAUGACCCAAAGAACCAGCUGGUGGCGCUCCGACAGGUGCAGUUGGUGGAUAAUAAUGAUAAAACAGUGAAGGCUCUGGCUGAAGCAGUGAAGAGGGAGUUUUCUGACCUGAAACCAACGACAAGGGUCCAGACGGAGGGGGCAGUGGGUGGCUCUGAGGCUGGAUGGGAAACUGUGACUUAUGAAGAUAUCAACUCAACAGAAAAAAAAGAAGUUUCUCAUGAAAGACCCACAGCAAACAGACUCAGCGCCGUCCCACGAAUCAAACCAAGACUCAAAGGACAGACGCUGGAGCAGACCACGCCCGAAGGACUCAGCAUCAGUCUGGUGAAAGGAAACAUCCAGGAACAAACCUUGCCCCGCCCCCUUGUCCCGCCCUGGGACAAGGGGGCGGGGCAAGCACAAGCGAUGUUGGAGGGUAUAGUCUGGUCGUGUCUGGAGGGGGCGGAGCGCCAGCGGCUCAGCUCCAUCUCGUUUCCUGCUCUGGGGACAGGAAACCUAAACUUUCCCCGAGGUGUGGUGUCUGCUCUGAUGCUGCGACAGGUGCACACCUUUAGCCAGGUGCACUCAUCCCAACACCUGAGGGCGGUGCAGCUGGUGGUGCACCCGGCCGACACUCAGACGGUGGAGUGCUUCACUAAAGAGUUCGAAGGUCAGAACUCUCAGAGAAUCGUCCAAUCAGAAGCAGAGUUUGAGCAUUUGCCUCGACCCAGUGGCCAAGCACAGCAGUCCUCAGCCACUUUCGGCCAGGUGCAAACUCUGUCACUCAGGGUUCAUCAGAUGCAGAUGGGUCAGGUGACCCUCGAAGUCUCAUCAGGUGACAUCACCAAAGAGACCUGUGAUGUCAUCAUCAACUCAUCCAAUCAGAACUUUUCCUUGAAGUCAGGCGUGUCGAAGGCCAUCUUAGAUGCUGCGGGCCGUGGCGUUGAGCAGGAGUGUGCAAACAUAGUGGGUUCUCCUGGAUAUCAGCCCAGACCUCUGAUCAUCACGUCCGGGGGGCAGCUGCCGUGUAGAAACAUCAUCCACGUCGCAGGAACCAACAAGCCCUCCAUGAUAAAGGACCUGGUCUACUCUGUGCUAAAGCUCUGUGAAGACAACAACUUCUCCUCUGUGGCCUUCCCUGCUCUAGGCACAGGGGCCGGGGGAGCAGACCCAUCCCUCGUGGCUGACGCGAUGGUGGGGGCCGUGGAGGACUUUGUGAAGAAGAAACAGCCAAAGAUCGUGCGCAGCAUCAAGAUCCUGGUCUUCCAAACGGUGAUGAUCUCAGAGUUUCACAAGAGCAUGAAGUCCAGAGAGGGGCAGCCUCUGGAGCUCGGGUUCAUUGGCAAGUUCAAAGCGUUCAUGUCACCCCUGACGUCGCUCUUGGGUCUGAGCAGCGAGGGGCCGGUCAAAGAGGGUCCAUUGGUUCUGGAGGGACAGGAGUUUGAGCCCACAGUGUUCGAGCUCUGUGGAGAGACUCAGAGGGCGAUCGCUCAGGCGAAGAAGAGGAUUGAGGAGUUGAUUCUGAUGGAGCAGGCUCAGAGGACUAUUUCAGACCCGGUCCUAGUGCAUUUGACCCAGAGCAAUGUGGAGCAGCUGGAUGAGCUGCAAAAGAGCCUCACGGUGAAGAUCAGACUGGAACAAAAGAAUCCAGAGGAACCAUCCAUUCACCUGGAGGGUCUGACAAGAGACGUGACCGCCGCAGAGUCCGAAGUCAGGAACAUGAUCCGUAAGGCAGAACGCACUGAGAGUCGGAGGAAAGAUGCCUUUAUGCUGAGUGGGUUAAUCGAGUGGCAGGUUGUUCAAGACGACGGACAAAAGAAACCCUUCGACCCAAUGACCAACCUGGCGCUGGAGGAAGCCUUUAGGCAAAAGAAAACCACAAAGAUCACCAUAAACCAACAGCCAUUCACCGCGGACCUAGAGAGGAUGAGAGCAGACAGUGAGAGGUGGAACAAGACUGUGGAGCUGUUCAGGAAGGAGUAUAAAGAUGAUGCGUCGCUGCCGUCUGAGUGGAGCGACAUGAAGAGCGAUGAGCUGUUGAAACUGGUCCAACUUCUACCCACGUCAAAUGAGUAUAAAAAAGUGGAGACAGAAGUGACCCAACAUGGACUACAGCUCAACAUCCUGUCUAUCGAGCGCGUGCAGAACGUGACUUUGUGGAAGAGUUAUCAGAUUAAGAAGAAGGAGAUGGACACCAAAAACAAAAACACAAACAACGAGAAGGUGCUUUUCCAUGGAACUGGAGCCAAGUCCAUCGACCUCAUCAACAAACAGGGCUUCAACCGCAGCUACGCAGGAACUCACGCUGCGAUGUACGGUAAAGGCUCGUACUUCGCCGUGGACCCUGUAUACUCAGCUCAGGGCUACUCUGCGCCAGAUGCUAAAGGUCACAAGCGCCUGUAUGUGGCUCUGGUCCUGGUUGGAGAAUACACCACAGGUCAGAAGGGCAUGAUCACUCCUCCAGCCAAAAGCAAUCCCAGUGACCUCUACGACAGUGUGACCAACCAAAUGCCAAACCCGACUAUGUUUAUCAUCUUCAACGAUGUACAGGCCUAUCCACAGUACCUCAUCACAUUCAUGUAAGAAUAAUUACAAUGGUUGAGGAAUAAAAACAUGGACUAAAUAAACCAGCACUAAACCAGGUCUGAACCAGGUCUAAAGCAGGUCUAAACUAGCACCAAACCAGAAUUCAAACAGUCUAAUAAGGUCUCUUUGCAGUACAUCAUCACAUUCACUGAAGGCAUUUAAUAAUCACAACUAAUCCUAUAGUCAUUUACACAGAACCAGGAGCCAGGGCUUAAUAAGGUCUAAACCAGGUCUAAACCAGGUCUAAACCAGGUCUAAACCAG